AAUUUUGAUUCUGACAUUAGCAGUGUGGGAAUAGAUGGCUGCUGGCAGGCAGAUAGCCAAAGGCUUCUCAAUGAGGUGAUGGUGGAGCACUUCUUCCGACAAGGAAUGCUGGAUGUAGCCGAGGAGCUCUGCCAGGAAUCUGGUCUUUCAGUAGACCCAAGUCAGAAAGAACCAUUUGUGGAGUUAAAUCGAAUAUUAGAAGCAUUAAAAGUCAGAGUUCUGAGACCGGCUCUGGAGUGGGCAGUAUCAAACCGAGAAAUGCUUAUAGCCCAAAACAGCUCCUUGGAAUUUAAGCUACACAGACUCUAUUUUAUUAGCUUGUUAAUGGGUGGAACUACAAAUCAGCGUGAGGCAUUACAAUAUGCUAAAAAUUUUCAGCCAUUUGCCCUAAAUCAUCAAAAAGACAUUCAGGUUUUGAUGGGAAGCCUUGUGUACCUGAGACAAGGAAUUGAGAACUCACCAUAUGUUCACCUGCUUGAUGCAAACCAGUGGGCUGAUAUCUGUGACAUCUUUACGCGGGAUGCCUGUGCCCUCCUGGGGCUCUCUGUGGAGUCUCCACUCAGUGUCAGUUUCUCAGCAGGUUGUGUGGCCCUGCCAGCUUUAAUUAACAUCAAAGCCGUGAUUGAACAGAGGCAGUGCACUGGAGUUUGGAACCAGAAAGAUGAAUUACCCAUUGAAGUGGACCUUGGUAAAAAGUGCUGGUAUCACUCUAUAUUUGCCUGUCCUAUCCUUCGUCAGCAAACAACAGAUAACAACCCACCCAUGAAAUUGGUCUGUGGUCAUAUUAUAUCAAGAGAUGCCCUGAAUAAAAUGUUUAAUGGUAGCAAAUUAAAAUGUCCAUAUUGUCCAAUGGAACAAAGUCCAGGAGAUGCCAAACAGAUAUUUUUCUGAAGAAAUAACUUUAGUGUGCAAUUCGUAAGUGAAACUGAAUUAUGAGUGCAUAUCAGAAGAGAACGUUCCAUUAAAUGCAGCUAACCAAGGACUCCCGUGUUUAUAUAAGCUAAUACUCCAGAAACUUUGCCAACAUGUUAGUGUACACACACUGAGGGGAACGCUCCAGAUGAAUAUUAUCAUAGGGCUUUAUUAUAUUCUUGGUCUUCAUUUCUGAUCAAGUAAAUACACCAGCAGUUGUCAUUCAAUGCAGGUUUUUGUACUUAAUUAUACGGUGAUUUUUUUUACUUUUUAACAGCAGAAACAGAAAUUGACCUCCCUGCCAUGUGUUUAAUAUUUCUCCUGCUUUUACUUUUGUCAUUUUCUUGAUAAUUGUAAGCCUUGAGAGUGUUUGUGAAAAAGUUUUUAUUUCUUGUUAUGUAUACACAAUUAAAUGAAUAUUCUUCAGAAAAAGUUUCAUAAAUGGAAUUGUGGUUAUAAAGCUAAUUUGCAUUUUUUCGCUUAAGUAAGAAAGAUGUGAUAGAUUCCAAAUUUGUUUUUCAUGUUUUUCUCUGCUCCAGCUCUUGCCAGGAAGUCAGCACACCUGCAUUUGAGCUGUGCUUAUAGCCUCAGCAGGCUGACUGUUUAAAUUCCAUCGUGAAUUUAGCAGGCUGGUGUGAGAAGUCUCCCACUGGAAUAGAGUGGAAGGAGUACUAUCGUUUUUUUGCUUUUAUUGCCAAGAGGUGCUUGUUUUAAAAGUGUGUUCAAUAAAAUGACAUGCUGAAGUUAGAAGUGUUCUUAAGUUGAUAUUUGCUCUCUUGAUCUUGGUAGCCCACUUCUCUGAAAUCUGCCUUCAGGACUUGGCUGUCGAUUGCCUUUGUAUGUCAUUGCAGACACAGUGUUGUGCGUGUGUGUAUAUAUAUGUGCACCAGCAUCAAACAUUGUGUAUCUAGAAGGGAAGAAGCAUGUUCCAGUCCUAAAAUGCAGUUACCAGACCCAUCACUUUAAAUCCUUAAAGUUAGAAGCUAGCAAAUUUUCUGUCGUGCAGAAUAUGUUUACUGCUGUUUUUGUGUUUGAAUAGUAUACUGUUCAAUGCUUCUCUUCUGCAAAGUGUAUCAUCUCAUUGACUGUGAAUCUGUAUAUUAUUCUGAAGGAUACAGAUAAUGAUCUUUUCUCUUGUGAGGUAUCUUCAUUUAAUGCACUGUCCAGAAAUAGCCAUGUGUAAGAGUCUUUCUCUGUAUGUACAUGGAAGAGACUUAUGUGGACAUUAUUCUGACUUAAACCCAUGAAGCUACUUCAUUAUGAGAAGAGUGUUAUGGAAAUCACCAAAUAUUUUGCAACUUUAUUUCAUCUGACAUGGAACUGAUCAUCAAUGUACGAAUACAUUCAUGAGAAAGUGAAAAAAGAAGAAAUCAGAAGCAAAGAGAAAUGGGACACUUCACAUUUUAAACUACAAAUGGACUUAGUUUGAGGGAGGGGAAUAACAGGUUUGGUGCUAAGUUAAUUGGAAACUGGCAGCAUUUGCAGUAAUAUACCAGCCUGAAUGGUUUAUCCUGAAAUGUUUACCUGGGAGAGCUGGGAUUAGUUUGUGAAGAAAAUGGGUACUGCAGAAAAGCCCUGUUUGCUUACUGUAUAGUGAGGCUACAUUGAUGGCUCCUGUGCGCUGUGCAGCUUAGCCGGCAAUCGGGAUUGGCCCAGCUCAGAAUGCCUGCCUUGUCCAACCUCUGGCCCCAUAGGACUUUUGCCGCAUGUUUCUGCUUCACUGGUGGAACCCUCUGUAAAGGUCCCACUCUCUCCACUAAAGCAGUGAAGGAAAAAAGCUGAGAUGAGCUCCUUGGACUGCAAAGAGAAGGUAGAGAAUUCCAGCCAGUACUCUGUUUGAGGGUGUGAACUGGCUUCUUAUAUACAGUUUUCCUUUGAAUUAAAGCCUAGAGUAUCUUUUU